AUGGCGCGAGGCAGCCAUUCAGGUCUCUUUGAUAUUUUCCUCAGAACUAUCCUCAACGAUGCCCGUCUAGCAGCCUUGGUUUUCUCCUUACAUAUAGGCAAUUGGGGUUACUAUCCACAUUCAUGCUCAGGUGAGUGGGAAAACCUAAGUCUUCCAAGGGAGGAGAUCACCCUUAUCCGCCAAGCUAUCAAUAGGGUGGGAAUCAAACAUCUAGAAUCAAAUAUCAUCAAAGAUAUACGAAAGCGUGAUCGACGACCGCUGAUGGCGCUUCUUCUAACAUGUCUCCCAAAUCUCACCAGAAUAUAUGCACACGUGCCGCAGUCUGAUCCCGUUCUCAACGCAGCUCUCAUGCAAAUAUUAGAUUGUCAGAGUGGCAGCAAUCCAUCAGCACUUCUUAGCAAGCUGAGCGAACUUUAUGUAUUUGGCGAAGUGGACGUUCCUACCCGUGACCCCGUGAAUUAUGAGCUCCUUCCAAGAGCCGAUCAAACCCUAUUGCGCCUAGAUGAUCUGUGGCCCGCAUUUCAUUUGACAGGGCUGCGGACACUCUCACUUUAUGGUCUAGAUACAGCGAACGCAGCCUGUCGACUUGGAGCCAGUCCUGCUAUGUCUCGGCUGAAACACUUAUCCAUAAUCGGCGGCUUCGAUUCCAGCUGCACGUAUUCGGAUCUCCAAGCUUUGCUCACUUUACCAGAAGCCUUUUCCAGCUUCUCAUUAUACAACAGCCUUGAAUGCCUCGAUAUUUAUCGUGAUGCAGAGCAUACGAGGCUUUUCAUGAGCCAAGGCCAUUUUGGUCCUCUCCAUUCCUUUUCAAGCCUGAAAAAGCUUUGUAUCCAAGCAGAAGUCUUACUUGGUAGCUUCUGGGACCGGCCGAACGCCCCCUACGGCUUGAGAGACCGGUUGCCAUGCAAUGUCCAGUCUCUUACACUCUAUGGCGGUAGAGGGUUCUUCCACAUUAGCAGUAUAGGCGUGCACCUGCAAGAAGCACUGGGCAGCGGGAUAUUCUCGUCCCUAACUUCGAUUGAACUAGAGGGUUUCUAUGUAGAUUCUGAAAUCUCGGAAAUGUGCCGUCAAACCGGUGUUAGCCUUUCAACGGGACGAAGCUGUCGACAUAGAGCCGUUUCAAGAGAUUGUCAACUUCGGAAGGAAGGAAGGUGGCCGCAGUUCUUGCAAACGACAUACCACAUGCGAAUGGAUGGCCAAGGACGAGCGGUCAUGUUUGCUUUCUUCCCUGAGGAAUGUCGAGACCGUCGUGAGAUAUUGUUGCCCCUUGACGACAGCAUGGACGCCUGCGAGGAGGUCGCUGUAAAAGAAGGAGACCUUGGUCAAUGUACCGGCGACUUGAAACUCCGUAUGUUGGACUUCUGGGUGCACAAUGGAGGCACUUCGUACAUGGUCUUUCAAAAUUUCGGACAUUCCUCGCUGCUACCGCUUUUUACCUUUGCCAUAUAUUUUACGCAUGCCCACGUGUCCCGCGAAAAGGUAGAUCAUCGGGCGUUAUACCAGGCUCUUUGCGAUUCGUACAACAACUACGAUGUCCGAUUCGAUCUCUACUUUGUCCCCGGUAUAGGUGAAGAAGGUUGUAAAGCUCAUUACCGUCAGGAGCGACGCUUUCGUGGGGAUUACAAGAAGCAACUCAAGGCAUAUAAGGAGAGUAGUCGUUAG